AUGCCACGCUCAUUUUUCUUUGGUAAAAUAUGGAGAUCUCGCUCUACUAUGAAAGGCUCUCACUGGCUUAUUAUAGCACUAGCUAUAGUGCCAUUUGUUAUGGUACAGCAAAUAGCAAACAAUAUGAUAGAGGGCAUAUCCUUGCGUAUUAUAGAAACCGACACUGCCCACCUUAGUGCUACUUUACCGUAUACCAUAUCCACAGAACAGCAGCAAAGGAUGCUCGAUAACGUUCGGGAAAUGCCAUACGUGAACUUUGCAUACACAGAACUGCGGGGGGCAGGUAUAAUAAAACACGGAAAAAGAAAAAGCGGGGUAUUAUUUAGAGGUGUUGAUACGCAUUUCCUUAGCAGCAAGGGGGUUUCACAGUACCUUCGCGUGUUAGAAGGGAGCAGAAAUAUAACAGAAAAAAACACCUUGCUUGUAGGAAGCGCCAUAGCAAAAUCUCUCUCUCUUUCUGUGGGCGACGAACUACUCUUGCUAAGCUCGAUAGAAGAGAAUGCUUCUUCUCUUCCAAAGAUCUCGCGCGCAAAGGUAUUAGGGAUAGUGUCUACGGGAUAUGAAGAACUGGACAGAACAUGGGUGUUUAUGCAAAAAGAGCAUCUGCAGUCCCUGCUUGCAGCUUCAGACCAGAACUGGACACUGGGCAUAAAGAUAUCCGACCCCUUUGUGUUGGAAAACGCACUCGUUCAACGCAACGCCCGUGCCAUGAAAAGAGGAAGGGCAAUAUACACUGAGUUACAAGAGGUAAUAAAGCCUUUUGGCCCUCUUCGCUCGUGGUAUGAAAAAAACACAUCUACGUUUACCCUUCUUUUGAGUACAAAAACCCUACUCUACAUAGCACUAAUUAUUGCAGUAAUACUUGCACUUGUUUCACUUAUUUCAACUACAGGCAUGCGCAUAGUAGAUUUAGAAAUAGAAUUAGCCAUUCUUAAAGCCAUAGGUAUAGACCCAAGACAGUUAGAAUUACAGGUUAUACUACGGGGAGCUCUAUCGGGGUGCAUAGGAGCCAUCGUUGGCACUGCCAUAGGAACAUUUUUAGCAUACCAUAUUAACCGCAUUGUGUACAUACUCGAUGUAGUCGUAAAUAGCGUUCGUGCCUACCUGGGGAAUACAGAGCAUGUAUCCAUUCUUAAUCCAAAAUUCUACCUUGAUACAGUACCCUUUAGCUUCUAUCCCAUGAAUAUGCUUGCAAGCAUUGUAGUUGUUACAUUUUUCUCCAUGCUCUCCUCUUGGUACCCGUCAAGAAAAAUAAGAAAUGUAUCAUGUAUAAAAUUACUACGUAGACAUUGA